CCUGUGGACCUAACCCGCAUAUUGUACUUUGUGCAUUUUCCUUGUAUCGUCGUUACCUCCCUUUUCAAUUUCCACAAUCUUCUUCCUUCUUUAUGAUUCGUAGAUUAAAUGCAAUAGUCUAUGAAUUCAACACUACUCCUAGAAUCUUCGUCCUGAUCCUAAAGCAUUAUUCCUUCGUCUCUGUGUAUUAUUAUAAAUUGUGAUCAAUGCAGGCAACAAUAACGACGUGAAAUAAAAAUUCACAAAUACAAAGCAAGUAAUCGCAAUUACCACAGCUGAAUUUGGUUUUGCGUUGAUCGAGUUUGAAAUAAAUCAGGGGGGAAAUGGGAGAGAAAAUGGUGAAGUAUGGAAUCAUCGGUGUAGGAAUGAUGGGGAGAGAGCAUCUCUGUAAUCUGUACCAUCUCCGGAGCGAAGGCGUCGCCGUCGUUUGUGUCGCCGAUCCAAACCUCGCAUCUCAACAGAUUUCGACGAAAUUUGCCGAGUCCUUUGGCUGGCCACUCAAGGUAUUUUCAGGACAUAAAGAACUUCUAGAGAGUGGUCUAUGUGAUGUUUUAGUUGUUUCAACUCCAAACAUGACUCAUUAUGAAAUCUUGAUGGACAUUCUCAACCACCCAAAAAGUCAUCAUGUACUAGUUGAGAAGCCCUUGUGCACAACUGUACAAGACUGUAGACAGGUGAUAGAAGCUGCAAAAAAGAGACCAGAUAUGUUGGUGCAAGUUGGAUUGGAGUACAGAUACAUGCCACCUGUAGCUAAAUUGAUGGAUAUUGUUAAUGGUGGAAGAUUGGGAAAUAUUAGAAUGGUUUCCAUUAGGGAACAUCGGUUUCCGUUUUUAGUUAAGGUGGAUAACUGGAAUAGAUUUAAUUGUAACAGUGGAGGUACUAUGGUUGAAAAAUGCUGCCAUUUUUUUGAUCUUAUGAGGCUGUUUGUGGGUGCAAAUCCAGUUCGUGUAAUGGCUUCUGGAGCCAUUGAUGUUAAUCAUAAAGAUGAAGUCUAUGAUGGGAAGGUGCCUGAUAUUAUCGAUAAUGCAUAUGUUAUUGUUGAAUUUGAUAAUGGGGCAAGAGGGAUGCUUGAUCUUUGUAUGUUUGCAGAAGGAAGUAAAAACCAACAAGAAAUUUCAGUUGUUGGUGAAAUAGGAAAGGGUGAGGCCUUUGUUCCCGAAAAUCUUGUUCGAUAUGGUCUACGAGUUGAAGGUAGAGAAGGUGUAAGAACCAUGAGAGUUGAAGAUGAUCGAAUCAAAUAUGAUGGGUUGCACCAUGGUUCGAGUUACUUGGAACACUUGAACUUUUUGGCUACGGUCAAGACCGAAGGGAAGAAAACUGUGGCGGUUGAUCUGCAUGACGGGUUGAUUGCGGUGGCUAUUGGUGUUGCAGCACAACUUUCUAUUGAGUUGGGAAGAUUUGUGAGUAUUAAGGAAGUUAUGACAUGAUAAUUUGAUAUUGAUUUAUUUGAUUAUUUAUUGUCAAAAGAACAAUGGGAGCUCCAAAAAUUAUCAUGUGCAUGCUACUCAAAAGAAAUGGCAUGUAUUUUGAUCAAUUUAAUUAAAAUCAUGUUCGUUGUGGUUGU